AUGACGAUCUUCCAUGGUCGUGGGGGAAGCCUCGGCCGAGGUGGCGGUCCUGCGGCUCGCGGUAUUCAGUCGCUGCCGCCUCAAGCGGUCGACGGCAAGCUGCGACUGACCGAGCAAGGGGAAGUGCUGGCCGAACGGUACGACAACGCGGUGAUCGCACACCGUCAUAUUGAACAGCUGACUAACGCAACAUUGCUCGUCAGUGCUUCGACGCCAUCUCCGGAAAUGGAAAACUGGAAAGAGAUGACCGAGGCAAUGUCGGACGCGGCAUUGACGAAGUAUCGCGAGUUAGUUUCGCACGAAGACUUCCUGCGUUAUUUCGAUCAGGCCACGCCGAUCAGCGAGAUCGAAGGCCUGCCGAUCGGUUCGCGUCCGGCCCGACGACGUGCGAGAAAGUCGCUCAAAGAUCUGCGGGCAAUUCCAUGGACGUUCGCGUGGACGCAAUCGCGACAACUGCUGCCGGCGUGGUACGGCAUGGGAACCGGCAUUCGAACGUUGGUCGAUUCCCAAGGUGGGGAUUGGGCACCCCUUCAAGAGAUGUACCAGGAUUGGCCGGUCUUUCAGGCUAUGAUCGACAACGCCGAGUUGGCACUUGCGAAAGCCGACAUGGACAUCGCACGCGACUACGCGGAACUGGCCGGCGACGCACAAGAGAGCAUCUGGCGUCUGAUCGACGAAGAGUAUCGGCUUGCGUGCGGCGUGAUUUGCUUGAUUCGCCAGCAGCACGAACUGUUGGAAAAGAUCGGCUGGCUCAACCGCAGCAUUCGUAGUCGAAAUCCUUACGUCGAUCCGUUGAAUCUGAUUCAGAUCGAAUUGAUCAAGCAGACUCGCGAAAACGGUACGUCGCAAGAUGAAGAGGAUACGGAAGGUUUGCCGCAGAUGGUACGGCUUACCAUCCAAGGCAUCGCGGCCGGGCUACGCUCAUUCCUUUUCCAAAUCCCACCUGCAAUUGCCAUGAUUAACAUCCGCCCGUUGAUGGUGUGGGGAUGUUUUGUCCUCGCCAUCGGUUGUGGUCCGACGGUUGAUGUCUCGAUUCCGCGAUUUCAACCUCGUCCGGUCGUUUGGUUGAAUAACUGGGAAAAGCGAACGCCAACCGAGACCCGCAAAGAAGCCGAACAGUUUCUGCAAAAAGCGGACGUGAUGAAAGAGCUCGCGCUGUUCGACGACGCCGAACAGAUGUAUCUUCGUGCGGCGAAUGCCGAUCUCGACUUCGCCUAUCCGAUGUAUCAGCUCGCUUGUAACUACGAGCUUGCCGGAAAACAUGAGGAAGCAGUCGACGCGUUUCAGCAAGCGAUCCAGCGUGGCUUCGAUGACUUCCCGACCGCGGUCAACGACGACGAGCUUGGCAAGAUUCGUCGACGAAGCGACUUUGGCGACGCCUUGGCGACCAUUCGUACGCGGUACAUUAUUUCCGCGCCGGCCCAUGUUGGGCAGCCGAUCGCCGUUCGUCCUGAAACCGAUAAGCCGCCGGAAGGUUGGCCGAUCAUCUUGAUGCUGCAUGGCUACGGCGAUAGUCAUCUGAACUAUCUGGACGAGGCACGCUUGUGGGCCCAGCAAGGGUUUGUCGCGGUGGUUGUUCCUGGCAGCGUGCCGACGCAUGGCAGCUAUUACCAGUGGUCGAACGAUUCGAGCGAGCCGACGCACGAGGACCUGCAAGCGAUCGUUCAGUCAGAACUGUUUCAUGGCGUGAUCGAUUUGAACAAAGUCUACUUGCUGGGAUUCUCGCAAGGGGCACUCCAUUCCAUGCUGGUCACCCAGGCCCAUCCCGAUCUUUACGCCGGCUGUGUUGCGUUAUCGCCAGGAGGAAGUCUCAUCAAUCAGCUCGCACGUCCAGGGCUCGAUCCCGAGAAGGGGGCGGCGCGUGUGGUGAUCAUUCAUGGCGACGAAGAGCCACACGCACCGCUGGUCCGUAUCUGGGCGAGGGAAUGUGGCAAAGCCAAAUGGAUGUUUGAAAGUCAGACCCAUCCCGGCGGACAUCAUUUUCCGGACGAUUGGGAAAGCCGCGUCCCAGGAAUUGCAACGUUCCUGCUGAAAUGA